AGUUUUGAAUAACAAUAAUUUGUGCCGCUUAUAAUCAGAAUGGAGUCAAGAUAUACGGCUAAAACUUAUGUAUUAGAUAAACAUACACUUGAAGAUAUAGCUGAAGCAAUAAUAGAAAGUGGUUUUCAAAAGGACGCUUUCUUCGUUCAAGAUUUAGAUGAAACUCACCGGAGAAUUGAAUAUUUUCAGAAAAUGCUGCCACGCGUUACUAUCUUUUACGCAAUCAAAUCAAAUGACGGUGAAGCGAUUCUAAAGCUAGCUUCUUCAUUAGGAUUGGGGUUUGACUGUUCGACUCCUGGAGAAAUUGAUAAAGUUCUUAAGCUCGGCGUUCACCCAAAGAGUAUAAUAUUUGCGUCACCAAUCAAGAUGCCUGAAUGGAUGGAUUAUGCUAAGAAAUCUGGGAUUACACAUACUGUUUUUGAUUCAUCUUUGGAAUUGAAAAGAAUUAAGCAAUAUUGGCCGGAUGCAAGGACCCUAAUCCGAAUAAGAGUGGAUAGUGAAAGCGUUUACCAAUUGGGCGAAAAAUUUGGUUGUGAUUUUGAAACUGAAGCGAUUCCACUAUUGAAUGAAGCUGCUGAAUUAAAAAUUAAGGUUGUGGGUGUCGCAUUUCAUGUGGGUAGCGUCUGCAAUUCAACAGACAGCCAUGCAACUGGUAUUCGCAACGCCAGGUCGUUGUUCGAUUAUGAAGCCAGUAAGGGCCGAGAAAUGAAAAUAGUCGAUAUAGGCGGAGGAUUUCUGAGUGAAAAAACUAAGGAUAUUGAUAAGGUAUCCCAGCUCAUAAACAAAUCAUUAGAAGAGUUUUUCCCCGACAAAAACGUGAAAAUAAUUGCGGAGCCAGGAAGAUAUGUCAGCGAUUCCUCUAUGACGUUAUAUUGCAGCAUUAAUUCUGUCAAAAGAGUUAAAAAGGAUAACGAAUACAUAAACAUGAUAUAUUUAAAUGAUGGUAUAUAUGGAACUCUGCAAUUUACUGAAUCUUGGCAGACCGUCAGUAAGUUUCAAAAAGAAAAAAGCACAAACACAGAGGAAGUACGAGAAAAGACUAUCCUAUGGGGCUAUAGCCUUGACUCAAUAGACCGCAUAAUGAAGGAUGUAACAGUUCUAUUACCGAGAUGCAGUCCACUUGACUGGCUGGUCUUUCCAAUACGUGGGGCCUACUCGAUCGUCUUUUGUUCUUCUUUCGGAUGUUUCCAGCAGCCGCAGAUACGGCCAGUGAUUUCAAAAGAGCUAUGGUUAAAGAUCAAGGAUAGCGGGGCAUACCAGGAAAGUGACUUUCUUGAGAAUCCCGACAUUUCACAACGUUUUUCAUCUUCCAUACCAUCUAUCGUCACUACAAUGUCGUACAUAGAAUCAACAGCUUCAUUGCCACUUUAAGACAUGAAGCUAUACUAUUACCUUAUCCUGGAAAAAUAAUAUUUAUUUAUUAGUUAUCUUACAGCUUACACAUAUAACAAAAGAAAACACGUAGACAGAUAACAUUGAUAAACAAAAUGUACGGAGCGGAAAACAUAAGAAUAUAGACAACAGGAAAACAAUAAACAAACAUCAAUUCAUACCGAAUAAUAUUAUAAAGACAAAACUAAAUUGUUACUGGUAAACAAAGUCAAGGCAGUAGCUUCCUGCUUCUUUAAAAACUUCCUUAUAUCUUUGAAAAGUAGGAAAAUAUCAGCACCUUCAUAAUUAGUGUCAUAAUUUAAAAAAAAACAAAUAAUAGGGUGUUCUCAAUAAUGUUCUCAUUAAUUUUCGUUUUCACGAAAGAUAUCAACCCGAGACCUUAUGAUCUGCAGCAUGUGUAUCACUAGACCUUCGAAGUAGUUAUGUUAGUCUUCCCGUCUAAAUUAUGGUUUACUCUACGGGUCCGAGAUUUUAUCUCAGAAUUUUUAUUCGACUCAACUGCCAAUACAAUAAUACAAAAGUAGUUCCAAGUAUCGAAUAUUACUGAUAUUUAUUAAAUGUAUCAGAUGUCAAAGCAAUAAAAUAUUUUUAUCUAUAGAAGAAAAGUAAUUAGAACCUGAUAGUAUCAUUAAAAAGAUUCGUUUGAUAUUCGCCUGAUUGGGAAUGCGAUAUAACUAUUUAUUUUGCAUUUACUUCAACUUCACUAAUUGGAGUGCGAAUAGCUGGGUCAGUCGGUUCCACAGUUCACGUUUGAAAUUCUUUUGAAAUAUAAUACUCGUAUUACAGUAUCAACAUUAUAAUGAGAUAUAUUGCUGUUAUUGUAUCUGAGCAUAAAACGCCGUUUGAACAUUUACAAUGAAAUUCCACGUUGAAAAAAAUCUAUUAGUACAUCGCUUGGACUCGCAUCAAAGCUAAUUGAAUUCUUAUGUAAUCUGACAAAGCGACUACUGAUUGGUUUUAAUAGUAUUUAAUAUGUAAAUAGUCAGCUAUAAUUAUUAUGGGUGUUAAGAAAUAGUAUUUUUCCCACCCUGCACUUCCAGCCAU